AUGACGAUGGUGGAUUACACAGGUGCAGUUAUAUGGAUGCCACCGUCCAUUUACAAGAGUCUAUGUCAGAUGGAUAUGCAAUAUUUCCCAUAUGACGUACAACAGUGCUAUUUGAAAUUCGGUGGCUGGUCACACGAUGGUCAUCUGCUUGACCUGCAACCGAUUCCACCGCAAAUUGACGAUAUCAUUGAAACAAGAAUAGAUAAGGACGGUGUUGAGUUCCAAUAUCUUGAACUCGGAAUGGGCCUGUCGUUUUAUCAUGAGUGA